ACACAAUGUCGGUGGCACAUCAUCAUGUAUAUGUACAUAUGUUUGCCGUACUACUGUCAAAGACACGUUGAAAGGUACCGUCAUUAAUGAUUAAAAAUUUUCAAUAACUGAUAACACGGUUGGAAAAUCGAUAGAGAUAAGAAUUUUAUAAUCAUAAAACGUUUAUAAGUUCUCAACUAAAUGAAAGGAAAAGUUUGACAUUUAAGAACUCUGAAUCAUCUUCGAACAAUUACAAUAAUCGAAUGAUGGAAGAUUUAAUUAUUGCACCGGAUCAACAUAUAGAGGUUCAACCUGAAGCUACGACUAGCAGACAAAAUGAUGAGGCGAUUGAUCCUUCAUCACUUCUGCUACAUCAAGCAGCCAAGAAACGUUUUUAUACACAGCAUACUCAACAUUUACCUUCAAGAAGUCUUUUAUUAUUUUUGAACAAUGGAAAAACUUCAAAAGCCCAAUUAGUUAAAACUUAUAAAUCAUUACCAAGAACGAAAAAAAACAAUAGUCAAGUUCACAGUGAAGAUCAUGUUGAUUCUAUUGUGAGUCAUAUAAAAUUACAAGAAGAUUUGAUGCAAGAUGAUCCUAUGUCUGAAAUGCGACGUAUAGAAGCAUUAAAAGGUAUUCCUGAAUGUUUAACAGUGAAAAGAUCCGUCAAGGAUAAAUUAAAUAAUUCUAUAAAUCAAGAUUCAAAGAAAAAAGUUCUGAGUCAAUGGAAAAGAUUUCGAUAUACGACAAGUAUAUUUUUUAUAAAAAUGUUUAUUACUCUGAAAGACUUUUUGUCGUCUAUUGAAUUAUGGUAUAGUGCAAUUAAAUCAAUUGAAGGGAAUUUUGGAAGUGGAGUAGCAACGUAUUUUAAAUUUUUGAGAUGGUUAUUUCUUUUAAACUGUAUGAACUGCCUUUUAAGUAUUCUUUUUAUUAUUCUCCCUCAAUCAUUAGUCAAAGCUUAUUCUUAUGACACUGAAUUUAACUUCGGCGAUAUAUUUAUAGGAAAAGGUUUUUUAGAGAAUACAAUUUUAUAUUACGGAUUUUAUUCCAAUGUUAGUGCAGAGUACAUAGUUGGAUAUAAGUACGACAUACCAUCAGCAUAUUUUCUAACUAUGACAUGUUGUUAUUUAUUGUCAUUUAUUCUUCUUUCGAUAAAGGUUGCACGGUCAUAUAAAAAAUGUUAUAUAGAAACGUCCGGUGGAAUUCGUAAUACAUAUGCUACCAAAAUAUUUUGUAGUUGGGAUCAUAAUAUUUCUUCCAGUAAAGCUGCUAGUUUACGCUCAGCAUCUAUAUAUAGAGAAUUAAAAGAACUUCUUGCUGAAACAAAAUCAUCAUCAAAUUCACUAUUUACUUUAAAAAAAUGUUCCAAACUCUUUAUUGAUUUUUUAUCAGUUUGUUUGGUGAUUUUGGCCAUUACUGCCACUGGAAUGUUAUUAUGGAAUUUAUUAGAAUUACAUAAACCAUCUCGAGAAGCGGAUCCUUCUUCAUAUUUAACUAUACCUCUGAUUGUGACAAUAAUUAUGACUGUUUUUCCAUUAUUUCUAUCACGAUUAGCAAAGUAUGAAAAUUAUCGUUCUCAACGGAAUGCUCUUUACGUGACAAUGAUUAGAAUAUAUUCAAUGGCUGUGAUUGUGAUAGCAACUUUAUUAAUAUACUGGUUAUCAUACAGUACUUUUGACUGUUGGCAAACAGAAUUAGCUCAAGAAAUUUAUCGUCUUAUCAUUUUUGACUUUCUUAUAUUUACAAUUGGAAGUUUCCUUGUUGAAGCAGUUCACUAUUACAUUCAUUCAUCAGUUCAAAAGAACAUCAGUGCUCCAAGUUUUGACAUUGCUUUAAAUACUUUGAAUCUUAUUUAUAAUCAAAUUUUAUUUUGGGUAGUGUUUUAUUUUAGUCCACCACUAUCUCUGAUAAUAGUUGUUAAAUUAUUUUUAACAUUUCAUAUUAAAAAAUAUGGAUUAAUGAGAUAUUGUGAACCACCAUCAAUACCUUGGAGAGCAGCUCAAACACAGACAUUAUUUUUGGCUUUAUCUUUUCUUGGUAUGACUGGGACAUUAACAGUAUUAGGAUAUAUUUUUACAAGUGUACAGAGUAACGAAUGUGGUCCGUUUAAAAAUUAUACUUAUACUUGGGAAGCAAUUGUAGAAUAUGUAUUUAAUAUUAAACGAGAUAGUGAACUCUGGAAAAUUAUUACAAAGAUAGCCAGGCCAGGAGUAGGAGCUGCAAUAAUAGUUGCACUGAGUAUGAUUGUAUAUUAUCUACGUGCCAAAGCUGAAGCCAGUAAAAAAAUGGUUCGCAUUCUACGUGAGAUGUUGGUUCUCCAAACUCGUGAUAAAGAUUUUUUGAUGCAUGAAUUUUCUAAAGUAGCAGAUGAAAAUUGGUUACAACGACGAACUGCUUUUAAUGAAAGUCGUAUUUCUGGCUAUGAUAUAGAACUAUCAUAAGUUCGAAUUAUUUACGAUUGUUACCAUGGAAUCGGCUAUAAACAUUCUUGUUUAUUUGGCUACAAUGUAUGUGUCAUAACCAUAAAUUAAAGACACAAAGUACAUAAUCAUCCAUCUUAUUGUAUAGAUUUUUAAUAUUGUUA